AUGAGGAGUGUUUGUAAAGAGGAUGAGGAAAGGAAAUUGAAAGGGGGAGGAUAUACAAUUUCUGUUGUGAUUUUGGAAAAAAUGGAAGUUAGUGAGGAAUUGAGAAGGAAAUAUAGAAAAGGAACUUCUCUUUCAGCUAUAUUUGCUGACGCAUUAAAAAAUAGAUUAAAUAGAGGAAGGUGUAAUGAUGAUGCUUUAAUUGUGUUGGCGAUAAAUGAUAGUUCGACUGUGAUUAUGAGUUGGUUAUCGGUUCGGAAAUUAACUGAGGAACCAAGGAUUUCCCAGUUCAAUCCUUUGGUUCUGUUCCGGAUAUUUGGAGAUGCUCCAAGAAGAAAUAAGUCUAGUUUGAGGACAGGGACUAUAUGAAGAGGAAGUGGGGUCGAGGGGGG